AUGGGGAGAUGCCAGAGGCCGCUGCUGCUGCUCCUGCUGCCAGCACUGCUUAGGACCGCCGCGAGCAGGUGCCUUCAUGAUGAGACCCAGAAGUCUGUGAACUUGCUCAGGCCCCCUUCCACACAAGCUCCUCCAAAGCCCCGCUCUUCCGCUCUCUCUCUCUCCGCUUCCUACAAUCCUCAACCUCUGCGAAUUCAAACCUGCUAUAUAGUGGUUCCUACAUCAGAUGGAACCUGGGAUCCCAGGGGGGAUGGGGCCAGAGGGAGAACGCGAGCCCUGGACGCAGUGAGAGAGGCCACUCGGCGCAUCCAGGGUUUCCUUGCGGUCAUUCCAGUGCAGGGACCCCUGCUUCUGAGUCGAGACCCAGGACAGUACUGCCUCGCUGUCUGGGGAGACCCAGGUACCCCAAACUACCACAGGUGCAGCCUCUUGAACCCAGGGUACAAAGGAGAGGCUUGCCUGGGGGCAAAGAUUCCUGACGCUCAUCUCCGUGGAUACGCCCUGUGGCCUGAACAGGGUCCCCCACGCAUGGUCCAGCCAGAUGGACCUGGGGUCCAAAACACCGAUUUUCUCCUGUAUGUGCAAGUCGCCCACACUUCCAAAUGCCACCAAGAGCCCUCUGUCAUAGCCUAUGCUGCUUACUGCCAGCUGGACCGAGAAGACAGGCCGCUUGCUGGCACCAUUAUCUACUGUGCCCAUCACCUUGCCAGCCCCAGCCUCAGCGACAGGGACCUUGUCACGGUUACACUACAUGAACUGCUUCACGCCUUGGGUUUCUCUGGACAGCUCUUCAAGAAGUGGCGAGAUUGCCCCUGGGGACCCAGUGUGACAGAGAACUGCUCCACAAGGCAACAGGUGACAAGGCGGGAUGAGUGGGGUCAGUUGCUUCUCACCACUCCAGCUGUGAGCCACAGCCUGGCCCAACACUUGGGAGUGUCAGGGAUGUCUCCAGGUGUGCCCUUGGAAGAAGAGGGCCCUUGGUCCUCACACUGGGAGGCCAGACUACUCCAGGGCUCUAUAAUGGCUGCCACCUUCGAUGGUGCCCAGCGCACUCGACUUGACCCAAUCACACUGGCUGCCUUCAAAGACUCAGGCUGGUACCAGGUCAACCACAGCGCUGCAGAGGAGCUUCUGUGGGGUCAAGGAUCCGGCCUGGAAUUUGGCCUAGUGACCACAUGUGGAACUGGCUCCUCAGACUUCUUCUGUACUGGCAGUGGGCUGGGCUGCCACUACCUGCACCUGGACAAGGGACGUUGCUCCUCAGACCCCAUGCUGGAAGGAUGCCGGAUGUACAAGCCCUUAGCCAAUGGUAGUGAGUGCUGGAAGACGGAAAAUGGAUUGCCAGCUGGGGCCGAGAAUCCCCACGGGGAGAUCUACGCUCCUCAGAGCCGCUGUUUCCUUGCCAACCUUACUUCAGAGCUGCUCCCUGAAGACCCAACCAGGCAUCCUUCUUGGGUCCCUUACUCCAUGGAAAUGGCUCUCGUUGGCCGCUGCUACUUACAUCAGUGCAUGGAGAGGGGAUUAUACCAAGUGCAGGUGGAGGGGUCACCUUGGGUCCUCUGCCUUCCAGGAAAAGCUAUACAGAUACCUGGCUAUCAUGGUCUUCUCCUUUGUCCCCGGGGUCGGCUGUGUCAAACUCACAGAGGUCUCAAUACCAUUACUUCCCCACCUCUGAGACCUUCUACGCAAGACCAGCUACUCCAACUGUCUCUUGGAUUAGCUGGGCAUCCUGGCUUCUCCCUGGGGAUGGAAGAGCGAAAAGAGUUGGCUGAGAUGAUACUGCAGGCUGUGGUGAGCAGAGGUGGCAUCAGCAGGUGCCACUUCCACAGCCCAUCAGUUACCACUGGUUUGGUGUUUACCGUGUACAUGUGGAAGGCUCCUGGCUGUCAAGGGCCUUCGGCUGCUGAGCUGCACAGAGCACUGACCCUGUCUCUCCAGCAGAAGCCUCUAGAAGUCUAUCAUGGAGGAGCUAGAUUUAUCACACAGCAAAGCAAGUUACCAGCCACCUUGGAUCAUUACUUCUCCACUGGACUCUGCCUGAUGCUGCUCAUUCUAGGGGGGAUGCUAGGAGCCAUGGCUUACCAGAAACGAGCUUCUCUCCGGGUGGGACCAUCCACCUCUGAUCACCCACAAGAGAUCCACAGUACAAGGGGCCCAGCCAGAGUGUAA